GGUGUUUAAUGUACUGUUGUUAGAUAUUACCAUAUAAUGUCCAAAUGUCUAUAAUUUGUUGUAUGACGCAUAGUAAACAAAGAUGGCGGGCAGAGGUGUCACCCAGCUUAAACUUCUAGCGAGUUUGUGCCUGUUUAUUGCCACUGCUGACUAUACCAAUGGAGAAAGGGUCAAACAAAAGAUAUACCAAGACAUCCAAGGCGACAUGGCCUGCUUCAAGAGGUUUAACGGCACGCAUGAGUUUGGUUGCACAUCCAAGUUCUACGGCAAUCUGGGUGUAGUGCACGUAGUGGACAGCUCCGAGGACCUGACGUGGGUGUUUGACCACGGCCCACACCAACCCUACGUGCUCGCCCUGUAUCCAGAGUUCAUGACUGUUGAGGUACUUCAGCAGGCUGAUCAUUCCGGCAAAGUGUCUGGCGUGAUACUAAUGGUAGAAGAGGAUUUUGACCCUGCUUCCUUGUACAGUGGCUUUUCCGGGGAAACACCUUGUCCUAAUGAAGGACUGGGUCUGUACACUCCAUCGCUGAACCCAGAAUAUGCAGGUUACUGCCAAAAUAAUUCUUGGAACAGAAAUGGCACAUCACUCCUGUACAUGAACUGGAACUUUCCAGUCUUCUUAAUAGACAACCAAAGCUCCAUCAAUCAUGUCAUAGACUGCUACAAAAAUUUCAAUGAACCAGAUGCUAAUGGAUCAGCCAGAUCAUGGCCCUUGUGUUACUCGGAACUUAAAUCCAACAUGUUUGGCACAACAAACACUGAGGUGUGCAUGAGACGCCGGUCCCUGGCCCCAAAAUUACAGACUAUAAAUUUUUGUGAUCCAUUGUCUGACUUCAACAUCUGGGGCACUCUGAAACCAAUGAAUAGCUCAGAAGUGGUGCCUGAAAAGUCUGUAAUCAUUGUUGCCACAAGAAUGGAUGCUUCAUCUAUGUUUGAUAAUAUUUCUCCUGGUGCAAAUUCUGCUGUUUCUGGUCUGGUGACAUUGAUGCUUGCAGCUGAAGCUCUUUAUAAAAUGAAAGAAGAAAUAAUAAAAUCAGGCACUCAAAAAAAUGUCCUGUUCGUCAUAUUUCAAGGGGAAGCCUGGGGCUACAUUGGAUCUUCACGGAUGGUGUGGGACAUGGAGAAGGGACAGUUCCCUUUUGAGCCACAAAAAAAUGAACCAGACCAGAUGUCUCAAGUUAAUUUUACCCAUAUCAGUUCCUUUAUUGAAUUAGCACAAGUUGGUUUGGGAAUGACAGGAGAUAUAAGCAAUAUUUUCCUUCAUACUGAUCCAAUCUCCAAUUCUGAUCCAGACAUCAAAAUGGAAACUAAGGAGGUAAUAAGCUCCAUCCAUUCUGCUGCAAAUGUAUCCGAUUCCAUUAGUGUGGAAAAUGCUGAUAAUGUGCCACUUCCACCGGCUUCUCUUCAGAGUUUCUUGAAGAGAGUGAACAUAUCUGGAGUUGUUAUUACUGAUCAUAAAAAGGAAUUCAAGAAUAAGUUUUAUGAAAGUAUAUUUGAUAAUUACCACAAUGUAAAUUUCCUUUCAAACUCCAGCUCAGAAGAUCAAUCAAAUCAAGUGGAAGACAAGUAUCACUUACACAUAUCCCGCAUUGCAAGUGUUCUUGCAACAUCAUUAUAUUCACUCCUUACAGACUCACAGCCAUCAUCUUUGAUCACUGUCAAUCAAACUUUAGCCAAUGACCUUUUGUAUUGUUACCUGAGGAAUGUUAGUUGUCAGAUGUUCCAAGAGUACGGGGAAGCAUUGCUGGGGACUGAAUUCUUUAAUGACAAGCCAGCCAAAAUGUAUGUGAGUGUUAAGAGAGGAGAAAGUGGACGUACAGUAGUAACUAAUUCCAUAUUUGCUAGUCUUUUGGGUGAAAGGAAAGAUUACAAUGAAAGUGUUUGUGUGACAAACAGCUUCUAUCAAGUCAAUCAGUUCUAUUACUUUUCAUCAGUAGACAAUGGAACGUGCUUUGAGUCAACUGUUAGAAAGACAGAGGCCAUGAGCCCUGCCUUUUUGAUUGAUGAUUAUGAUUGGCAAUCUGGGGAGUAUUCCACAUGGACUGAAAGUGGAUGGCAGCUGACAGAAUUAAGAAUAUUCCUUAGGCCUUCAGUUGUGCAUGAGAUUGCUCUGGUGAGUGGUGGAGUGGCAUCAUUGUUGCUGUCACUAGGAGUAGUUUAUUUUAUGAACUCCAGAGCAAACAUCCUUUUUAGUGUGGUUAAUCCUCCUGCUGCUUGUUGAGUGUAUGAUUGUAUUAAUAGGUAUUGAAUUCAUGCUGUGAUUGUGCAUGUUUUAUUCUAGGAUGUUUCUGGUGAUUUUAUUGUUGUGACGUUGAUUUCUGUGCGGAAUGAGUUACUUGAAACAUAGGAAGUACCUACAGUUUCAGGAAAACUGACUUGGCAUAUCUGUUCUUAUGAUUAUGCUGAUGGCCUGCUUUAUCACACAUUAAUGGUUUAACAUUAAUGAUAAAUUUUUAUAUAAGAUUUAGAUUAGUGAGCUAAGUUCAAAAUUGCCAGGAAUUAUCCCAAGGAAUAACUAAGAAUUAAUCCUUAAGAAAAGUCAUGUAAUUUUAUAUUAAAAGGUGCCUCAUAGAAGUUAUCUUAGCUGUUAGGUAUUUGAUAAAAGCAUAGGAAAGUUAUAUGACUUCAGUGGUUACUUGGCAUUUGCAGAGGAACAAUGUCAGGUUUAUACUUAAUGGUAAAUGACAAGUGUGUACUGUAGGAUUAUGGUUUUUGUGCAUCACAAACUUUAUGCUUUAUGUAAAUUCUUCAUGCUGUGUAUUCCUCUCCCUGAUAACUAUUGAAAUGAUGAAACUGCCUAGCUAAACAAGGAUAAGGGCAAUUCCUUUAAUCUUUUUGCCAGUUUUCAGUAGAUCUUGGAAAGUUAAAAUAGACAAAUACCAUUUUAUAUGCUUGUUGUCAACUAUCUCUAUGAUGUCACUGAUGGUGUCAUGGCAGAAGAUCUUAGCAUGUGCCAUGUGUGUGUGUGAGGAAAGAAGCAGAAUGUUUGUUGUGUGUAUUUUAUAUAUAUAUAUUGGUGUACUUGGCUUACAACCAUGAUCUCUUCCAAAAUUGUCAUUGAUUGUUGCCAAGACUUCCCCACCCCCCAACCCCCAAAAAAAGAAAAAAAAAAGUAAUUUAAAAAGAGCAGUAAAAUGUGCAUAAAGAAUGUUUUACCAAAUAAUGUAUAGCAUAGUGUUUACCAUGAGUAGGUGUACCAGUAAAGUGACAAAAAAUGGUGAAUUUUGUAUUCACUCAAGUGACAAGUUGGUUGUAUGCCAAGGUAGUUGUCAUAAGCAAAAUAUUAAAGAAAUUUAAUAUUUGUUUGGUCACAUAGCAUGUUGGUCAUAUAAGUCAAAUACAUUGUAUACUGAGUACCAUGCUCUCUGUACUUGUCUUCUAUAUUUAUUAAUUUUUAUUGCCUUAAGAGAGCCAAAGUGGGCCUGUGGCUAAGUAAAGAGGCAAAUGCUAAUGCCAUGCUGAGCAGUGACUAGUAUGCUGUGGCUGUGAUGAGUUCAGUAGAGUGAAGUGAGUGGGCCAUUGAAUUUUUAUCUCUUCAUUAUCAGUUUCACCUCAGGGUCUGCCAGUAUUUAUGAGGGAAGUAGUAAAUCGUGAUUGAUACUUGAGUUUGAAACUUAAUAGAUGAAUUUACAGGUAUAGAUUUGAAUUACGCCCUUUCUGAUGUUCACAGUUCUUUUCGUCUUUCAUAGUUCUGUAUUUGAGCAGUAGUUUUCUGCACUUAUAUAUUGAGCACAAAGAUUACAAUCCUGCUGUACUAAAAUUGUGUUUAUUUGAAGUAGUCAUUUGUUUCUGAAAAUUAAGAUUAUCUGUAUAUUUUUGCUCUUUACCUCUGGAGUUGUAUCCUGACUCACCGUAGCAUCUUGAUGGAAGUAAUGCUCUCUUGCAGCCUUAUCCAACACCUUUAUGACCUUUAUGUGGAAGAGCCACAUAAGGAAAUUAUUAUUGACACACCAUCUGUAUAUUGGCUGUUUGUAAAUUGUUAAUGUACUUGUUAUGUGUUUUGCAAGGACAAGAACCACUUUUACAACUAUAACAAGAUAAGUUUGUCUUUGUACAAGCCUGGCUUAGAAACUAUACCAGUUAAGUUUAGUGGCCAUGUCUCUCUAUAGUUACAUAGCUGAAGUUUUAUAGCCUAUACAUUCCAAAGUGUAACAUGUUACUGAUUGUUCCUCAUGAUAUGUUCAAGUAGCUAUCCAUUCACUCAUCCAGUUUGAGUUGAAUAAUCAUAUUUUUUUAUAUAGUAAUAUUUGAUUAGAGAAAAUAAAUCUGGGUACAAGUGACACGCUGUUUUAGUAAUUUGGAGAAGUAGUGAUAAAUGUCUUAAUUCAUAUUAUAAAUACAUAGUUGAAGUAAAAACUAAAAUUCAUAUUAUAAAUACAUAGUUGAAGUAAAAACUAAAAAUUAUUUUUAAGUAGAGCUAGGAUGGGUAAUUGUUUUUUGUAGGUAACAAACAAUAAUUUCAUAAGAAAUCUAAGGUCUUUUCAUAAUAUUUUACAACAGGUGUUUUGAAUUAUUAAUACCUAUAUACUUUGGCCUACCAUUUCCAGGCCAUACAGUUUGUAAUGUAGUUUUCAGAUAUAUUUUAUCACAGACUGAUCUCUUUGAAUAAGCAAAAACUGUAUAGUGUCAGUGAACAACCACACUGUAUCUUUAGAAUAAUUUAAGUACAAUAUAAUAUUCUCAGCCUCUUUUGUGUACUUAUGAUGCCUACCUUAUCAUAGACAUUUUCUGCUGCAUUGAAAUUUGUGCAGAGCUCAUGUCAUUAUUUUGUAAUAUAAUUAGUGAUCAUAGAUAUAUUGUAGUUAAUAUGUUGUCAUUGUUACUCCAUUGCAGAAUAGAAGCUCUGGGCAAUUCCAUAUUAAUCAACUUUGUAAUGACACUGGCACAAAAAAAGAAGAAAGUAAUCAUAGUUACAUAAUAUGUUAUUGAAAGUAAACUUGCAGCUCUGGUUUUUCAUUUAGUAUAAAGGAAACAAUCAUAUUGUGUCAAUCAUAAAUUGAUAUCUCUGGUGUUCAGAAUUGUUUUGAUUUGUUUAUGUUUAACUCAGUUGUAAGGGAAAAGUAGGCUUGAUUUGAUUAACUAAUCUUAAGCUGGAUAUUUUCUGUUUACAAUACUUCUAACAAUACUAAUGCAUUAAAAUAAUUUUUCUCUUCAUGGUUGCAAUUUUCCAUGACUAAAAGACUCACAGUCAUAGAUUAACAUAUUUAGUAUUCAUGAAUGGACAGCUACUCACAUUUUAUAAGGACCAGUUUGUUGCAUGGUUCCAGAAGAGAGCAUGGACACUGAUCUUAAAGAGAAAAAUUUGGAAGUCAGGUUAAUUUAAAGUUACUACAGUAUCAUUGAUUUCAACACAUGUUAAUGAUGAUGUUACUGUGCUGGUGUUGGGUGUACAUCAUUUGUUUAUGAAUUGAUGCUGUUGUGGUAUAAAAAUUUGACCUCCUCAGAUCUGAGGAUCAGUGAAUUUGGAUAUUUAUUCAUAUGCAAGUGAUUUGCUCAGCUUUACUCAUGGUGGACAAGUUGGAUAAAAUAACUGAUAUCCUUAGUAGUCUAUAUUUGGAGCAAUUCUUACUAUAGAAGCUGUAUUAGAAUGCAUGAAACUAAGCUUACUUUUUUUUUUUUUUUAUGGUAGGUAUCAAUGUAACUCAAAUGCAUUUUUUUAAAUUUUCAUUUAUUUAUUUUUUCCAGGGUUGGAUUUUUCUCAUACUUGAAUGAUGUCAUGAAUGAUUGUUAUUAAAAAUUGUAGAAAUAGUCAUUAUAAUCACUUGUUGGUCAUUAUGUGCUAUGUGCAUUGGAAAUCUUUUCUCUGCAACCCAUCGUACUUUACAUAAUGGGAUACAUGAUCUCAAGAAACCUCAACGUACACAUAGAGUAUUGUAAGAGUUGUGAUCCCAGUGCACCAAUGAUCACAUUUUUACUGUUGGUAUGUGAGAUCAUAGACGAGUGGUUAAGCUCAAUUGUAAUACUUAGGCAAAGAUGUAAACUUUUCUUAUUGCUGUCAUCAUUUAUGUAGUGGGAUACCAUUAUGCUGGUUCAGUUGCUGAGAGAGAGAGAGAGAGAGAGAGAGAGAGAGAGAGAGAGAGAGAGAGAGAGAGAGAGAGAAUGAUGCUUAUGUUCAGGAUCUUUCUUUAUUAUUGAUUGCCUCUAGUAUAAUCAUGUUCUGACCCUCUGUGAUGAUAGAAAACAGCUUGAUUAGUCCUGUUAAAUGAGUUUGUCUCGCUUGUUCUUGUGUUAUGCUGAUCAUUAAUAUGUUGGGCAUAGAAAACCACAUAAAGAUGAAUGAAAAAAACUGUCAUUUCUUUAAUGCUAAUAUUUAUAGUUUCCUGCCAACAGUUUUGUCUUAUGGAAUCUUGCUUUGAUUUUUUAGGAUAGAAAUGAACUGUAAUUAGUUUUGUAUGUACUUUACCUUUCUUUUUGUCCCAUAUAGAGUUGCAGAUAUGGGGACAGCUCUGGAGAAAAUAUAGAUUUAAUAUGAGUUCAGAUAGUGUAUAUUACAGCAUAAAUGCAUAAAUACAGUAUGUGCAUAGACAAUAUGGGAUAUGAAGAUUCCUGCUGAACCUGCUUGAGCUGUUCUGUCAGAUGAACUCAGAAAGUAGUUGAGAUACUUCUGCCCAAAAAGGGAAUCAAAGCCCAGAAUUUUUAAAUGCACACAUUCUUUUAAUCUAGACCAGUUCUGCUGUAGUAUCACAAAGACUGAUGAUAAAAUAUGCUAAUUAGUAUGUUAAUAUGUAUAAUUUUCAUUAUCAUCAUUGUCAUGGCAUAGUGGUACCUCAUCCCAUGUUAUUAGUCAACAGCUCAUUGUACAGUUUGGUUAGAGCAGAAGAGUAGCAGCUCUGAUGUAGUGUGUGUGUAGGGUUCAGUGUUCAUAUCUGUAUCCAGCCUUGCCUUCUGUUGAUGCAUAUUCAUUUCCAUUAUCUUCUUUUUUUUUUUUGUGGGAAAUGCUCUCUCUCUCUCUCUCUCUCUCUCUCUCUCUCUCUCUCUCUCUCUCUCUCUCUCUCUCUCUCUCUCUCUCUCUCUCUCUCUCUCUCUCUCUCUCUCUCUCUCUCUCUCUCUCUCUCUCUCUCUCUCUCUCUCUCUCUCUCUCUCUCUCUCUCUCUCUCUCUCUCUCUCUCUCUCUCUCUCUCUCUCUCCUUCCUGACCUCUUCCCAUUAACAGCUUUAUUGUGCUUCCUUGGACAUUGACCCUGUCUUUUUCACUGCAAUAGAUUUUUUUUUUAAGCCAUCAAAUUUGUUCAUUAAUAUAUCUACAUUGUAAUUAAUGAAGUUACCUAAUGAUUUCAUAUCCCUGAAUCUUGCUAUAAGUUAUAGUUUAUUUUCCAGUUUUUGGUACCUUCGUUCUUCAUUCUUGAAUUUUUUUUUUUUUUUUUUUUUUUUUUUUUUUUUUUUUGUAUGUGUAUGAGUAAGGGAGGGACCAUACAAUACCAGCAUACAAUGUCAGUUUCCUUGUAAUCCUUGUGGUCAUUGUUUUUGUUUCUUAUUUUGUUAUCUACGAGAGCAAAAGACAACCUGUGUAUUCUUCAACAACAAACACAUGUCUCUGAAUACUUUAUUUAUGUGCUACUCUUUUUGCAAAGUUAGCCAGUAUCACUAGUCCUCCAUUUUCUUUUCUUUCAUUUAAUAUUGCAGCAUUUCCUAAUGUAUACUUACUAUGUUUAUGUAGGUCUCUUUACAUUUAACAAUUUGUAUCACAUGACUAUGUGUGUGUGUGUGUGUGUGUGUGAAUACUUAAUCUUUGAUAAAUUCAACCCCUCCAAAUAUUAAUAGUUUGUAUAUGACAACUGGAAUACGUAUUCUAUGACAGUAGUUGAGUGAUGUAUGAUAACAGUAUGCCAAUAAUUGCAGCAUAUAUUGAUUAUACAAAAUAGACAGUAUUGUACAUAUUUUUGUGCUUGCUGCUGCAUACACUUGUUACAUUCCAGCUAAUAUUGUGGAGAAGCUGAGUUUUUCAUUGACUGUGACAUGUUUUAAUAGAGCGGCUUUGGAUUUAUCGAAGAAUUGCUUAUUGAAGACAUGGUAAAGAAUAAGUGGAAUUAUUGUGGUGUUUAUGGUUGUAUAGUUGUGAAGCAUCAAACAUUUAAUCUCUUAUUUAAAGAUGUAGAUAUUGAAUUUCUAAGUUAUGUAUGUCAAGAAGUUAAUUGAAUUUGUAAGAAAAU